UCCGCUCUCUCAUCUCCCUGUCCUCCGCGGGACCCGUCGUUCUCUCUCGGUCGUUCCCUGGUGGUUUCGUCGUGCAGCAGAGACAGUCACUCAUUAUCCAGCUCAUUCAUUUCCUGGGUAACCCCGGUAUCCAACUCAAGUCCUCACACCCCCACCCCCCGCGGACAUGGCUUAUCGCCAGCAACACGAUCCGUACGCAAACGCGUACCCUGACCAUCCCCCGGCCAGCAUUCACAAUGCUGCGCCCAACUACACAUACCCCCAACCCCCUCAGCCGACUCCGCAGCAGCACUACCAGGACUAUGCUCAACCGGCGGUCCAGCAGAACUACGCCCACCCGGACUAUGUGCAACACGAUUACGACCCCCAUGCCAAUUGGGAAACCAAGUCGACCAAGUCCUACCAGAGCAGCUACGCCGGGUCCCAGGCGCACCUCAACCCCCACGAGAUGACCCAGGUCGCGGUGCCGCCCAUGCCCGCCAUCCCGUACCAGCAGCCGAUGGGCAACUACCCGCCCCAGCAGCGCCCGGGUAUGUUGCACGCGCAGAGCAGCAUGAGCAGCGCAGGCUGGUCCACCGCAAAGGAGAAGCUCAUGAAGCGGCGGUCUGUCCGCCAGGUCGAGCUUCAGCAGGGCAACCUCGUGCUCGACAUGCAGGUCCCGUCGCACAUUGUACCCAAGGGUAUGGACAACAUUGAGGAGAUGACCAAGCUCCGGUACACUGCCGCAACGUGCGACCCCGACGACUUCAUGCGCGAGAAGUACUCGCUGCGCCCGUACCUGCUCGGACGCCGCACGGAGCUGUUCAUCGUGAUGACCAUGUACAACGAGGACGAGGUGCUGUUCACCCGCACUAUGAACGCCGUGCUCAAGAACGUUGCGCAUUUGUGCAGCAGGAACAAGUCAAAGAUGUGGGGUCCUGACGGCUGGAAGAAGGUUGUCGUCUGUGUCGUCUCCGACGGCCGGAGCAAGAUCAACAAGCGUACCCUGCAGGUCCUGACGCUCAUGGGCUGUUACCAGGAAGGUGUCGCCAAGGAUUCCAUUGCUGGAAAGGACGUGACGGCGCACAUCUUCGAAUACACCUCAAACGUCGUGGUUACCGAGCGCGGCGAAGUCUCGCAGGGCGCCUGCCCCGUCCAGAUCAUCUUCUGUCUGAAGGAGCAGAACAAGAAGAAGCUGAACAGUCACCGUUGGUUCUUCAACGCGUUCGGACCCCUAGUUCAGCCCAACGUCUGCAUCCUUCUUGAUGUCGGCACGAAGCCGACGGGCACGUCCAUCUACGAGCUCUGGAAAUGCUUCGACAAGCACUCUGGUGUCGGUGGCGCGUGUGGAGAAAUCUGCGUUGACACUGGCAAGGGAUGCGGUCUUCUGUUCAAGAGUCCGCUGGCUGCGUCCCAGAACUUCGAGUACAAGAUGUCUAACAUCCUGGACAAGCCGCUCGAGAGUGUCUUCGGCUACAUCAGUGUGCUCCCUGGUGCCUUCAGCGCGUACCGCUACAAGGCGCUCCAGAACGGCCCCGACGGCAAGGGUCCGCUCGCGUCCUACUUCAAGGGCGAGACGAUGCACGGCGGUUCAAGUAACGCUGGCUUGUUCGAGCGGAACAUGUACCUCGCUGAGGAUCGUAUCCUCUGUUUCGAGAUCGUCACCAAGAGGCGUGAGGCUUGGGUCUUGAAGUACGUCAAGAGCGCAAAGGCCUCCACCGAUGUCCCCACCUCGGUCCCGGAGUUCAUCUCCCAGCGUCGUCGCUGGCUCAACGGUUCUCUGUUCGCAUCCGUCCAUGCCACCGUGUUCUGGUUCCGUAUCUGGACGUCUGGGCAAAACUUCUUCCGGAAGAUCGUCCUACAGAUCGAGUUCAUCUACAACGCCGUCCAGCUCAUCUUUACGUGGACGUCUCUGGCAAACUUCUACCUGGCCUUCUUCUUCCUGGUCUCCUCGGCAACAGCAGACGUCGAUAGCGACGCAUUCAACUUCCUCGCUCGUGGUGCCGGCCCCGAGGUCUUCGAAGUGUUCCUCAAGCUGUACCUUGGCCUGCUCUUCAUCAUCUUGGUCUGUUCGCUCGGCAACCGUCCACAAGGUUCGAAGUGGACGUACAUUGUCUGCAUCUGCUUGUUCGGUCUAUGCAAUGUCAUCACGCUAUGGUGCGCGGGCUACACGGUCUACAUGGCGGUGCCCCAUACCGUUGCAGGCUGGAAGGACUUCCCUCACCUUGUCGAAACGAACGCGACCUUCCGCGACAUUGUCAUAUCUCUUGCCGCGACAUACGGUCUCUACCUCUUCGGAUCGAUCAUCCACCUCGAGCCAUGGCACAUGUUCACCUCGUUCAUCCAAUACAUGUUCUUCCUGCCCAGCUACGUCAACAUUCUGAUGAUGUACGCCAUGUGUAACCUGCACGAUGUCACCUGGGGUACCAAGGGUGACAACGGCUCUGCUAAAGACCUUGGCGGCGCAAAGAAGGUGAAGGGCGAAGGCGGACAGGACGUUCUCGAGGUCGAGCUCCCGACCGCCCGCGAAGACGUCGACCAGCUGUGGUCUGCGUCCCGCACCGCGCUCUCCUUCAAGCCCCCGGAGGAGAAGGAGCACCGUGACGCCGCGACGAAGCAGGCUGAUCACGAUCGCAACAGCCGUACGAACGUCGUCCUGGCGUGGGUCGGCACCAACAUCUUGAUGAUCCUGGUCUUUACCUCCACCGCGUUCACGGCGUGGGUGAAGGACCACGUCAACUCAACGUCCGACGCGACGUUCAACCCUUACCUUACUUUCCUAUUUUAUGCCCUGGCUGGUCUCUCCGCCAUCCGCUUUGUUGGCUCGACCCUCUAUCUGCUUCUGCGGCUCGUCGGGCUCUGAUGGGCCCCAUACAUUGAUCUUUCGAAGGCUCGGCGUCCCCAUUUCCCCACCUCUUCUUCCCUUUCUGAUUCGCGCGGAGUUGAGCUCGUGACCCUAGCUGUGGAGGAGCGUCGGACCUGAUUCGCUGUGUAUUUCUUGUACGUAUAUUGCCUUCGCCGUUUCCCGGGCGCCCUCGCACGCUCGAGUCGCCCCGUCCGUGAAGUCAGUAUCGGUGGCGUCGCGGGUCCGGUGCACAUACUUGCUUCUUAUACUCUCAGUAUUGCGGCGCGGUGAAGUCGAUGGAUGAAAGGAUGCGGGGCAGCCGCUUGUUUCGAUAUCGUGCGUGAAUGUAUAUUGGAGAAUAUACCCCGUUCUAUU